AUGUACAGCUCUAUAGCGCAGUACGACACGCUCUUCUCGUCUGAGGGACUCACUCUGCUCGCCCUGGAUGGGAUGUAUAGCGUCAAGGCCGCGCUGGCGUCCUACUCGCGGACCAGGUCACCUUUGCGCAUGGAGGACGCCGUCGACGAGCUGCACCGUCUCUCGGACCGAGGCAAGGACAAGGUUGCCAGGGAUGACCUGCUUGAGGCGUACGGCUGGCUCGGCGUGCCGUCGUCGGCCGUGGACGACCUGGACCGCAACUAUAAGAGGGAGUACGGCGUGAGUGUCAUGUCCAUGCCGGGUACCGGGUACACCUCCUCAACCUGCCAGGGUAGAAGCCGGAGCGGCCCCCUACCUGCCGAGGGACAGGAUGGCGGCAGCAAGACGGCGACUCGGCACAGCGAGCCCAUCGUCGUGGGAGCCGGCACGCCUGCAAAACCGGCACUCAAGCUGCGUACCAGCUUCGGUAACAGCCCGGAUUCUACUGCCAGGGCUGCCGGGGGGGAAGACGACGAACCACCGGAUUCGGUGGCCUUGGCCAUACAGCCGUCGUACCCCUUUUCCAUCGACGACGUUCUCUCAGCUGAUGCGUUGACCCCUGCGCCGGCGCUUGCGACACCGGGUGGCCACGAUACGCUCUCCCCGACUACGAGGGGCGAAUGGAGAAUUCUCAUGGUGGACGAUGCCUUCAAGAGUGGAAAGACGGCUCCGGUGGAGGCCUGGUGA